GUGAAGCUGUCAUGUUUCUAAACAUGGGUGAUUCAAUGGAAUCAUUCGUCAUGGAUCUGAAGUACGAUGGGUUAUACCGCUCCUGGUCAUUUCUCACAACCAAACUAGUGGUCGACAAGGCUACGAUCCCAUUAGCAGGGUUCGCAAUCAGCCAUUUUAUGGCUUUGGAGGAACGUGUUGAAAAGAUUGCGAAGGACUUCAAAUAUCGAAGUAGUCAAUUCACACCACCUGCACAGAUGUCUUUUGUGCGCAAGCUUCCGGAUUCUCCACAA